UGAGUGUUGGAUAGAUGUGUGCUGGGAUUAAUCUCCUCUGAAACUUUUAUAUAGCAGACUCUGUAGUGCGUAUUGAGGGUGGUUGCUGAGGAUGGGGCUUUGGUUUGUGAUGCUGUGGGUGUUCAGUAUGCAGUGUGGUGAGGUGGAUGCUUUCUUUGACUGGCUGAAGACAUCUGCACCCGCUCCCGCACCCGCUCCUGCUGCUCCUCCUCCAGAGGAAACUAUUGCCCCGAUUCUGCUCCACGGAGAGACUCCGGCCUUUGAAAUGAGUGUUGUUGAUGAGAAGUUUUUGGCAGAAGCAAAGCAGAUGGAACUCAGUCCACUGGAUAGCUGCCAUUUCCGGGUUGUUGCUCAGCUCAAAGCUACUUGCAGCGGCCUGUCAGAGGAGCAGCUGGCCAAACUGGGUGUGGCUUUGUUCAACUGCCAAUCAGAGGUGGAGGGUCGCAGGACUUACCCUUGCACUGAAGAAAUGUCUAUUAAAGAGUGCACAGCGGACAUGGACUCGGAUACGUGGAAUGCAUAUCACAUUGUCAGUAACCGAGCACGCUCUGUGUGUUACGCCACGCGCCAGCAGCACUUCCGCAAGCGAGCGGAGCUAACCGUCAACGCCCUGAUCUCCACCGCAACUAGUCAACUAGAUGCUAUGAAAGACCUAAAGGAGGGUCAGAAAGAGCUGAGGGAAAUGACUGCCGCGUCACUGGACAAGUUGCUUGAGGGUCACAGCGCCCUACAGCUCCAGCAAGGGGCCCUAAAGGAAGGGCAAGAGCAGCUGGAUACCUCCAUCAGUGAAAAUCUGCAGAGACUGGCACAGGAGAAAGUUCUCAUCAGCACCGGGCAGCAACUGGUGGCUCAGUUAAUUCAGGGCAUUACACAGAGAAUGGAGAAUGUAAGUGGGCAGCUGAAGGAUCAGAGUGCAGAAGUGCAGGAAGGACAUCAGGCGAUUCUUGAUGACCUGGCUGUGGUCCGAGGAAGUGCUCAGGACAUCUAUGAAAAAAUGGAGCUCAAUCUGAAUGGCUUCCUGCAGCAGCAGAACACGACGGCUCAGUUCUACUCCGAGCUCAUGAGGAAGCUGGAGCGCAUGAACGGGACUCUGGGAUACAUGCUGACGUAUCUGGACAAUAUGCAGAAUCGACUGGAGGACAGGCUGCAGAUGAUCCAAGGCUAUCUUGGCUGGGCAGGCUUGAGUCUGUGUGCUCUGUGGACCUGUGUGAUGCAUGCUGGUUACUUCCUGUUGUCUGCGGUGCUGCUGUCGUUCCUGCAGUGUGCCACGUUCUCCCGUGUCUCUCUGCUCCUCAUGGUCCCAAUCAAUGCAAUUGCAGAGAUCAACCAGCAGUCUGCACUCGAUUUGGUCUCGCUCACUUUGUUGUUGUUCACACUUUCGAUAGGUCGCUGGUUUGUCCUGCAGAUGCUUUGGGCGUUGUCUAAAAUGAAGGGUCAGACCUGCAGUCCCGCUCCUCUCCCUAUAGGUCCUCCUAAAGAGAAGACUCCAGAAAAACAGAGCCGAUCAUCUGAGCGCUGCCAUAAGUCCUCUUCCACUCCUGUCCUGAAUGACCCAGACUGCGAUUUGGAGGUUGAGAGUUUCAUGAUGGGUGAUCCAUACAUACUGUCCAUGUCCCCAUCUCAGUCUCAUGGACCACCAAAGUUCAGUCAUCCAAUCACAGGCACACCCAACCAUUCAACCCCCAGACUCAAGAGUCGCCACAGCAUUGGAGCAGCAGUGCUGGACAAUGUUCCUCAGAAGAACCUAGGAGGUGUGCUGGAGACCAUGAACCCCUCCCGAAGCUCAAGCCCCAACCAUUCACUUGCCAGCAACAGUUCUUUUUCAGGUCGCCCGCUGUGCAGUGGUAUCACUCGGCUGGGUCAGCCAUGCAAAAAGAGGGCUCUGGUGGGUCAGGACUACUGUAGACUACAUGAGGGUGGCCACACCUCCUACAGUCGACUCUGAGAUGGGUUCAGCAUUUCUUGUCUUCUAAUGGACUUCAUUUCUGUUUCCAGAAGUGUUUGCAGAAUGAAUGAUAGAGCACUUUUCUCUUAACUACUUAAUCGUGGUAGUUUGUCUUUUUUGGUCAUAGUGGGUUUUAUUUCAUGUUUGUUGUAGUGCCACUUAUAGAUGUAGUCUGCAUUGUUUAUAAUACAUUAUGUAAAGUAAGAUUGAGAUGCACGCUUUUAAAUUUCCAAGUACUUAUAAUGCAUUUGCAGACAGUAUGGUGUCAUUUAUGUCUUAUAAGCAUUUAUUAAAGCUUUUUUUUUUUUUUAGAAAACGUUCUAGUAAAUGAAGUGUGUGUCUUCAGAGUGCAUUCGUCUAUCAAGUUAUCGACUGAGAGGGAGAGAGCAUUCCCAUUCAAGUAUCAAAGACUGACAAGUAUGCAUGGCCUGUUACUGUCCCGUUUCCACCUGGUGUCAACAUGAAAGAGUCCUGGUUGUUCUAAACCUCUUCCAUUUAAGAAUUAUGGAGGCCACUAUGCUCUUGGGAACCUUCAAUGCAGCAGAAAGCAUGUCUCGGAGUUGUCACUGAACUCGUGUUUCUAGCUCAGAUAGAAGUAAAACUGAGGUUGUGGGUUUAUUUCCCAGGGAAGGCAUGAGAUGUUAGAAUGUACAGCUGCAACAAAUAGAUUGGGAUCUGCAGGCCAUGGUUUAAUAUAGUUAUUUUGUGCUCUAACAAAACGUGGGGGAAAACGUUAUACAGAAUUUAAAGCAAUAAGCAAUUGAUACAAAUUAUGUGCUGUGGGAUGUUUUCUGAAUAUAUGCCUUCCAUCUCUCCAUAUUUUCUCAUUCCAAUGUAUUUAGUUAUUCUUGAACUCUAAGCAUUUUUUUCCCCUCGACAAGACAGCAAUGGCACCCC